AUGAACUCAGUAUCCACUAACACUUCAUUUACAGAAGUUAGGAUUGUUAAAAUCUACUUGAAGAUUCAUUACAUAACAAAAUUUGGAUAGGCAAUCUAUUUAUGUGGUGAUGAUGAAUCUUUAGGAAUGUGGGAUCCUUGCAAGGCACUCCGUUUGUAAUGGAAUCAGAAUCACGAAUGGACCAUCUGUAUCAAGCUGCCUCGAAUCAGCCGAAAAUUUGAGUACAAAUUCCUGGUCAACAACUACAAUGAGCCUUAAAUUCACUAUGCCUUUUGGGAACCUGGUGAAAAUCGUAUAAUCACCAAGCACUUGCUACUUAAUGGCAAGAAGAACGAGUACUUUAAUUGUAAUGCAGUUCUAAUACUAUUUAUAGAGGAGUUUUGGGGAUAUAGGACUAUUAAAUUAAAACUCAAUCACACUUUACAACCGAAAGAACGCAUGAUGAUAAUAGGAUCUAUUCCUGAGAUUGGUUCCUGGAAAUCACCUGUGCUUAUGAAAUAGCAAAUGAAGAUUGAUAUUUUAACUGAAGAGGCCACCCAACAAUGGUCAAUAUCAUUUAUUGUGGACCCCCUUAACUUUUUCUUCCGUUACUAUUAUGUGAUUAGAAAUGAUGACACAGGUAAAAUGAUAUGGGAAAGAGGCAAUGGGCGUUACUUAAAAAGUGCUGAUUUAUCCUCAAUUAGGUAAGUAUUGGAUUAGUAUGAUCUUCAUCCAAUCAAAGUGAAGACUGAAAUAUACUCAGCUAUUCAGGCUAGGCAAUUCAAUAAAAACGGAUCUUUCUCUUCUUCAAAAAUACCAAAAUCUAAGAUCAAAUAAAAGAAUCAAGGCUACUCCUUUGCAGAUAAGGAGCCUUCCUUUUUUUAUUACGAAGAAUUUGGAAGAUUAAAUAAGUUGGAUUGGAAUUUUGUAGUUCAAUUCUAAACUUAUGAAAUAAAUGAGAAUAUUUUGAUAGGACCUUAUCCAUAAAAUGAGUAAGAUAUUCUUUACUUAAAAUAAUAAUAAGUUAGAGCAGUUCUCAAUCUCUAAACACGUCUUGAUAUGUUCCAUCGUGGAGUUAAUUGGGAACAAAUAGUAGAUGCUUAUAAGAGACACAAUAUUGUGAUGAAGAACUAUUAAAUUUUUGACAUGGAUUCUGAAGAUUUCGAAAAAAAAUCUAAUAAAGCAGUUCAAAUUCUUAAAAAAUUAAUUAAUGAAUAUGAAUAUGUCUAUGUCCAUUGUACAGCAGGAAUAGGCAGAGCCCCUUCCAUAGUAGUUCUUUACUUAGCAUCAAUCCUCCAAUAUGAUUUAAAAGAUGCAAUAGAAUUUGUCAAAUAAAAAAGGCAAUAAUUUUACAUUAAUUAUUCAAUGUUAAAAAAGUCGUACUAAAAAGCACUUGUAUUUAAUCAUGGAUUAGGUUAUUAGGAGUUAGCUUUAACAUUUUGAGAUUGAAUAGAGUCCUUGUUGUAUAGAUUUAUUAAUUUCAUUAAUA